CCGACCCACAUUCCCCAAUACCAAAACGGAAAGUCGCUCCGCCUUCUCUCGCUUCCCCAUCCCUACACGAAGACUAUCCUCCACUUUUUUUCCCAAAUUUCUUGGCUAUCAGAUCACAUUCAUAAUAGGCAACAAGUUUGAUCCUCGACUCGCUCUGAGCGGGAGCUGUAAAACUGCUGCGAUCGCGCAACCAACUUCCUCGUGGUCGCCACUGGCUGUGGCAAAGGCAAAGGCUUUAGUGUUGUGGGUUUACUACGCGUCGGAGUGGCGAUAGUUUCAAGCAACUUUGACCUGCCAGGAAUCCGAAGUAUUUGUUUGUCGCUAUAUUGCGCGACCUAAACCCCGAUGGACAGGAAUAUUCCAACGAGCAGUGCUCCCAUAGAGAUACCCUCUCGUGGUCGAUCCAUGUCGCCAUCUCAAGUGCCAUAUCUGCCCGCUUCACACUCUCCUGAAUUGCUCUUCGAAAUGUCCCCUGUCGAUAUUGAACAAGAGGUUCAAUUCUCUUCCGUUCGUCCUGUAACUAUUUCUGUUUCUCGUUGGAACAGGGAUCGCCUUUUCUCCUUCCCUAAGAAGCUUCCUGGAACGUUAGUAAACCACGCUUCCUCCCCGCGACCCGAUCCACAGCAAUGGUCAAGUCAGGCAGCCUCCGAUCCAAGGUCUUCAAAUUCACGCCCAUCUUGUAAAGAUCAGCACGCAUACUCUCAAAAGUCGGAGUCCAGAAGUACUCUGACGACCACUCCUCCGAUUAUAAGGACAGUCGCAGUUCACAAAAUUGCUGGCUUUCAACCCGAAAGAUCUGCAGCGGAUCUCCAGUCGAAUAGUCCUCGCAUUCCCAUCGUCCAAGAUAAUCCACGGCCUCUUCUCGCUCCUUCUGAUACCUCCUUGUCGGUUACCUUGCCCUGGCUCCUGCCUGGCACCAAAGAUGGAGAUGACGACGACUACUACUAUCUUUCGCAGUCUCCAGCGUUCUUUGACUUCAAAAAGUUCCUCCUCUGUCGCCUUGAGAACAGCAGGUUGGCAACACCUUGACAGAACGCUCUACAUGGCGUCCCUUUUCUAUAGAAGUACGGUCUUUUUAACACGAUUAUCGGCAGUUUAUCUCUGACAACUACCGCGUUUUCUUCACAAAAUGUCCUGACCGCCUAGCCUGCCAUCGUCUCAUUCACUUCAUUAACGUUUAGAGCAUCGUACACAUCAUCAACCACAUUGUAUUUAUAUUGAUUCCCAUUCCCAGUCGUGCAGAUACUCCAUACUUGUCACAAACCCCCCUUGACUCCCCUUUGCAUAUUCAUCCCCAGCAUAUUCAUACUGCAUAUCAUUCACCUUGGACUGUCCUAGAAACGCAUACAGACCGAUUUCGUCAGUCGACCUUUGACUACUACACAUACUUGGUGUACUAAUUCCAUCAGCGC